CGUUUACUGCUAUAGAUAACGGCUGUCCGCACUCCGACAGCCAUGUUUGAUAAGACAUUGUCGUCCACGUCACAGCACUUUGGUCUUCAACAUGUCGGACGCUGCAGGGACAAGGGUCCCGGAGCCUGCAGACAAAAAGGGGAUUGUUCUCUAGUGAUAAUGUCAGCAGUUAUUAAUACAUUCAGAGGACAAAGCCCUAAAAAAAGCCAGUACUGCUGCAAUACUGGAAGAUUAUGUCACCCGAGAAGCUAUUACGGGAGAACAGGUCCUAAAUCUCAGACUGCUGCUGGGACACAGACAAGCUCAGCACUGCUCCCUGGAAAAAUGCUAUGAUUGCUGACAUCUCCAAAGGAUCAAAGGCCCCAGUGUCAAGGUCUUCAGGAUGGACAAAGACAGGAGUCACAUGACUGAGAGUUUAUUGAGACUCACCCUGGAGAUCAUCUACCUGCUGACUGGAGAGGACUAUAUGCCUAUGAAAAAGGAAUCUACUGAUCAUGUGACAAACCAAAACAACCUUGAUGAAUCAGCAAAGUUGGGCAAAAUCAUCUGCAACCCCAUAACAAGGCUACCAUCUCAGUCACUGAUAGGUGACAGAAACAGUCAGCAGAAGAUCCUAGAUCUCACAAACAAGAUUAUUGAGCUGUUGACUGGAGAAGUUCCUAUAAGAUGUCAGGAUGUCACUGUCUAUUUCUCCAUGGAGGAGUGGGAGUAUUUAGCCGAACAUAAGAAUUCGUACAAAAAUGUCAUGAUGGAGACCAACCAGACUCUCACAUCACCAGAUGAGUCCAGUAAGGAAAGUUCACAAGAGAGAUGUCCUAGACCUCAUCAGCCCCUUUGUAAAGAAGAAAGUAAUGAGGAUCUUCUAUAUUAUGAGGAUGUUGCCAUGAGAGAAGUUGUGGUUGGGUCACAGGUUGUGGAUGAUGACGAGAUGUGCUUGAUGGGUGAAGAGCAGUGUAAGGAGGAGGAAGAAACUCCUAUGUAUAUUCAUCCAGAUACAUCUACCUCUAUUAACAGUUUGGACAGACAGUACACAUUGUAUGCCAAUUUCAAAAUUGGAGAUGAUGUUAUACAAUAUCCUGAAGUCGAGUAUCCCAUCCUGUUACACUUCAGCUCACACAAUCAUAGUGCACCUGCAUCAUCUAAUGUUUUAAAUGACAAAGAUUAUGUGGCUCAUAACUUAGAAUCUUCAGAUCUGGCCCAAAGACAAGAAAUAGAAACUGAAGACAUUUCAGCUUUGUCAAAAAGUAAUUCAGGCCAGAAAGCUGGAAAAAAGUUAUUCACCUGUGGAGAAUGUGGCAAAAGCCUAACCCGAAAAGAAAAUCUAAUUUCCCAUCAGAGAAUUCACACAGGAGAGAAACCAUUUUGUUGUCAGGAAUGUGGAAAAUGUUUUAAGAAAACCUCACAUCUUUCAAAACAUCAACAGAUUCACACUGGGGAGAAGCCAUUUUCCUGUUCAGAGUGUGGAAAAACAUUUACCUGGAAAGGAGAUCUGGUUGUCCAUGAGAGAAUCCACUCAGGUGAAAAGCCAUAUGUAUGUUCAGAAUGUGGUAAAUGUUUUUCCAUCAAGUCCUAUCUUGUCAAACAUCAGAGAAUCCAUACGGGAGAAAAACCAUACUCCUGCACUGAAUGUGGAAAAUGCUUUUCAUCCAGCUCCAAUGUGCUGUUGCAUCGGAAAAUUCAUGCUGGGCAGAAGCCACAUGUGUGUUCUGAAUGUGGGAAGUGCUUUGUAUGGAAAUCAGAUCUUGUCAACCAUCAGAGAAUUCACACAGGAGAAAAACCUUACGAGUGUCCAGAGUGUCAAAAAUCAUUUUCAAGCAUCUCAUAUUUUGUAAAGCAUCAAAGGAUCCACACAGGGGAGAAGCCAUAUCCUUGUUCUGAAUGUGGUAAAUCUUUCUAUUCCAGAUCAAAUCUAGUAUUACAUCAGAAAACACACACUGGAGAGAAGCCGUUUGAAUGUACUGAAUGCAAUCGAAGCUUUGCCUGGAAGACAGAUUUUGUAAAACAUCAGAGGUUUCACACUGGCGAAAAGCCCUUUGAAUGUCUUGAAUGUGGAAAACGCUUUACGACUAAGCCAGAACUAAACGAUCAUAAAAAAAUUCAUACUGGGGAGAAACCAUUUUCAUGUUUGGAUUGCGGAAAGGGGUUUGUUCAGAAGGCACGACUUCUGAGACAUGAACUCACGCACACAAAAACGGACGCAUAGCUAUGGGACAUGAUAUGGACUAGGCAUCACAUUGUUUGAGAUGUUGGUUGGAAAUGUUUUUUGUAACAUGGUAAACAAGUUCUUCUUGUUUCAUGGUAGAUUGAUUCAACCAAAGGAGUCUACCUUUUUAGAGGUUUUGUUAAACUUCAUGCUCUUAUCAAGUAGUACUCAAGUGUCCGAUCGUGAAAAAAAAUAUUAGGUUAUAGUCAUAUGGUUUUGCAUGGAAAAGCAGAAUUACCCAGUCAAUGUAUUAGCACCGGAUCUCUUGAUUCUCUGGAGUCCCUCCAGUUUUAUAGUGUUGCUACUGUUACAGUAUUGAUGUAAAUGUUCUGCUUAUUUACUUUUAUGUUGUGGUGCUCCAUUUGUUCAAUACAGAGUACGGAUAAUCCAUGCUCAUAGAUCCACUGAACUAGAGAAGACAUUUCAGGGACAUUUUAAAUGAUAGAAGCCUUCAUGACCAUCAGUGGGCUAAUCUGCAUUACCAACACAUAGGGUAAAUUCAGGUGACCAUACUUUCAGCAACAAAUGGAAGCAGACCCUGCAACACUCUGCAUUAGCCAGGGUGUAUGGAUGCUCGGUAGUGAACUUUGCUUAUAUGUGCAUGUCAUAGAUGACUUAUUGUGAUGUCACUGAUGGGCAAAUGGAGCGUUGGUGGCCACUCCGUCCAACAAUCUCAGCUGGUUUUAGGGUAGGGUCACACGUAACGGAUCCGCUGUGUAAUGUACGCUGUGGAUCCGCCGGUGACUUGACCCAUAGUUUGCCUCCAGCUGUGACCAAAAGCUCUGCCUGUGUCCCCCCCAAAACUUGUGAAAGUUUUUACAUUUCUUCUCUGACACUAUAGUAUAGCGGCACAUUGUUAUUACCUUUUUUAACUAAACUGUCAAAACUUUAGAAAUAAUCUUACAAUAAUCUAAGGUUAAUCUUCUGUAUUUUACUUGGUCCCACAGAAUAGUAUCAGGGACCCUGCCUCUUCCAGCAUUAAAAUACAUUAUACAGAACAGUUGUGUGUAUAAUGAUGACAUCGUGCUAAAUUUCCAGGUUACAAGCCCUGACCACUCGACUCUGUUAUGUAAGAAAUAAUGAAGGGGACGUGGACCAUAUACAUUGGUAUUCCGUAGGAGGAAUACAUUGGGGAGUAUACCAAACAUAUAACCUUAAAGGGGUAUUCUGACUUUUUGGUACUUUAAAUGUGGGACAGGGGCAGCAAAGUUUGCUUACCUGUCUUUGAUGGCUGGUGUUGAAUUUCUUUCUUUUUCUUUUCCCUGGGGACUGGGGGGCUUGGCUGCUUCAUCUGUUAAGUGGAUGCACUUAUCAUCAUACAGAUCUACAGCUUAUGUGUCUGUUAACGUCGGGCAAGUCAUGUCAUCAAAGGGAGCGUGGCUGCUGAAAUGGGUGGGGCAACCAAUGUGUGGGAGGGAAAUAAGUCACCUCCCACAAAAGGAUCCUGGUGAUUGGCGUCUGAGGGAGGCCACGGAAACCAGAAGUAGCCAGUUACUAAAAACAAAUCAGCAGAAUGAUGGGGGACACAGGACAUGGCCAACACAAGCACAAAUCUUUGGUAAGAAUGUCCAGUACGGUAUCACACUAAAUGACUAAAGUCACCUUAUGUUGGAUAACCCCUUAAAAAAUGGCGAAACUUAGUUUCAUUGGGGGAAAACUCAUGUGAGAGAAAAUAAUACACAUGGCUGGAGAUGAUUAAAAGAUUUUAAGGCAUCUAC